CCAAACCUAGGCAGGCAGGACAGCCACCUCCCACAGCAGCGAUGAGGCCGACACAGAAACUCCUGGCCACCGCCGCCGCCAGCAGUAAUGGAUUGAAGCCAGCCUUGGCGCUGCUCCCGCCGAUCCCGCUUUACCGGCGGCUGUUCCGGGCGCAUCGCAAGCACCUCCCGGCCGAGAUGCGAGUGCUCGGCGACGAGUAUAUCAAGGCCGAGUUCCGCGCUCACCGGAGCACUGACAACCCGGUACACAUUGUCGGCUUCCUCACGGAAUGGCAGCUCUAUGCGCAGAAGAUCGAAGGAGAUUCGUGGCGGGGCGAGAAGCUGGACCCGGCCAAGGUCCAGAAGAUGAGUGAUGAACAGAUGGGCCAGCUUUACGAGCUCAUGCAAGCUAUCCAGAAACGUCAUGAAGAAGGUGGUGAUGGGGCGUGAUGGGUGGCCUGGUUCUGAGACCAAGUGUCGUCUUGUAUACUCGUCCUUUUUGUGUAGAAUAAAUCCAAGGAAUGCCUUCGUAA